CGGUAGUUCCAAUCAGUCUGAAACGAAUUGUUGUGAACGAUGGAAGAAAAUAAAAACGUUUGAAAAAAAUUUGGUGUAGAACGUUGAGACAGACAUCAUAGUGACCGUUUAUUUGUGUGUGUAGUAAAUCAAAUCAGAAUAUAGAGUCCGAAUCAGUGGUGUUUGCUGGUGAGAAUUGUGUUGUGGCUUGGUAGUGCAAAAAAGGAAAUAGUGAAGUCUGCCAGGAAGUUACUAAAAGAGAGAGUGAAUAAAUGUGCUAAAUAUUUAAUAAAAAGGAAUUGGAGUUACAUUGAAAAUAUAGAAAAGAAAAACAUAUCAAAAAAGAGUUUCUGACAAAACCAAAGUUUAUAUCAAAAUUGUUGUAAUACUAUUUAACAAAAAAAAAAAAAAGCCCCAAGUGCCAUAGUUGCCAGAGAAGUCUGCCUAUAAAACAAAAGUAUUUUUUGCAUCUUUAAAACAAAAAUUAAAUAAAAAAAACAAAAUCCUUUCGCUUUUGCUGAGCCAUACAAAAGUAGCCAUAAUUGACUCUUUAAUCAAACCCUAAACAAAAUCAAAGUCCUUUGUGUCUACAAAAUAACGGCUACUCACACCUUUGUUUGUUCGCCAAAGAGUAAAAGUAUCAACAAACAAAACUAAAAAUAUACUGUUAAUCAUACACACACUCACACACACUGUCCUGUGUAAGCGCAUACAAACACAGCGUGUCUAGGAUGUUCACAAAUCCAUCAUCUUCAUCAUUAUCAUCUCUACCUUUAUAACUGGAUGUCCUCACCUUGGCAGCAGGACUGACACACAGUGUGUUUGUUGUUGCUAUUCAAAGUGAAGUACCAAAAAUAAACAACAGCAAAAAAUUGAGAUUUUAUAGCAACAGUGUUUGGUGGAUAGGAAUAGAAAGAAAUACCAAAACAAACGCAAACAACAACUACCACCCUCAUAAAAGUUUGCUUGUUAACGAGGAGAAAAAACUGAAUUAAGGAAAGUAGACAUAAAAAAGGAUACAAAAUUUCCCCUUGUAUAAAAUUGUUUGCCUUGCUAUUAAAUCAUAAGUGUUGGCACCUUUCCCCCCCUUAACGAAAUCAUCACUGCCAAAAAUUCAUAUCGAAAUUGGUAGUAAAUUAUCGAUUAAAAAAAAAAAACAACCAAACAACAACCUCGUUAAAUUGUUUGCAAUUGAUUGAUUGAUUUCGUGCUGGUUGAUUAAAUCCAAGUGCGUGUGUAUGUAAUCGGCUAAAUUUCGGUUUGACAAUAAUUAAGUCAUACUUAAGCUUGAAUUCAUCAACCUAAAGUGGAUGAAAUUAAUUGUGGACUUUUUUCAAGUACAAUACAUCAAAGUCAUCAUUGUCGUGCUAAAGAAGCUCAUCGUGACAACCAUAUAAGCGAGACUGCCUCAAUCUAUUUGGACAAUACAACUCUACACACCUAAGAUUAUUAACUGGUUAUCAAAACAAUAAAGUAUGUUGUUCAACUUAUUGACACUAUAAAUAUCAUUGACCAAAUUUAUUCUCCAGCAAAGCUAAAUGGAAUUUCAACAAAAUCGACUGAUUUUUGACUAUUAGAUAUACAACAAAUAACAAAAAGAAGAUCAAAACAAAAAAAUUUAUAUACACACAAAAAAAUUGAUUAGGACUUUUUCUACAAAUCCAAAAAAACAAAUAAUAAAAAAAAAAAAAAACACAAAACCCCCAUUCCCUCCAAUAUCAAAAUCAGCUUUAUUCUAUAAACUCCAGGGAAAUUAAAAACAAACCCUUUAACACAUACAAAAAAAGUAUUAUCCUACAGCAGCAUUAUUCGAUUUCCCCAUCCCCUCCUGUUACCGAUAAGGAAUGCAGCGUUGUCCCUAUAUACAUGAAAUGCGAGAACGUUUAUUGAACGAUCAGAAUCGUGAAUCAUUACCACUUGAACAAAUGGAGCGAGCAAAUCUUUUGGAUAACAGACAGUCGGCUGAAUUACAACAGGUCGGGACUAUAGUCAAGCUGAAUGGCGAUGGAUAUCACACAAGUCCAGCCCAUCAACGUACGCCCCUGGUGCCUAGAGAUUUGGGCGAAGAUUUCAACUUGGAUUUCGAUGAUGAUUUCCCCAUAGAAGUAAGAAGGCCUAAAAAUGCUAAGGUCGUUUAUUCACUAAAACCAAAUUCGAAUAAUCGCAGUUAUUUACCGGCGAAUAUAACCGUACAUGGCACAUAUCACACCAAUAUCAUAACCGGACCAAUUGAAUUAUGGACAUCGCUGUUCAUUGUAACCAGCUUGGUGUAUGCCAUCAUUUUGAUUGUGGUUUGCAUUGCUUACGUUAUAAGUGAUGUGACAACACAUCGUUUGCCCGUGCUGUACUAUGAGAGCUUCUUCACCUAUUUGUACGGAGUCAGCAUACUCUUCCUAUUGUAUGUCUUCUGUUUUCUGUUACAGGAAAGUUCCUGUUGCAAUGGCGGCAACAAUCAACCGAAAUCUCCUAAAAAAGAAAAGAAGUCUAAAAAGAAGGAAAAGGAUCCCGCCGAUUCGAAAGAUGCGAAAGGUUCUAAGGAUUCUGGAAAAAGUGGCAAACCCAGUCCUUAUCAGGCCCUGUAUGGAAAGCUGAGCACUUGUUGCAAAGGGGUUGCCGUUUUUGUUUACAUUGUUAUAUUGAUUGCCCUAAUCUUCCAUUUUAUACUGGUUUUCCAUUGGACUGUCUCAAUGGUAGUUUUUCUUAUACUGUUAAUACUUCACUAUCUCUUGAUACCGAAAUUCUUACGUGCGUCGGACACUCAAGUUGAUGCUGAAGUAGCUGUAACACCUAAAAAUACACGAAAACGUAAGACAACCCACAGUGAUUUGACCCAUGGCAGCUUCUUUUUGCGAGUUGGAGCUAUUGCUUUUGGUCUGGGCGCCAUGAUCUACAUUGGUUUGGAGUUUGGUUCGUUCUUUGAAAUCCCCUUCGAUUCUCCCUGCCAUCAUAUCUUGAUUGGUGUAAAUCCAUUGUUGCAAAUGAUUUUUACCUUCAUGCAAAUGUACUUCAUCUUUAUGAAUGCCAGAUUGAAUAUUCACCGUUUCAAGGUCAUUGCCCGUUUUGGCCUCAUGCAUGUGGUGGCCACUAACAUAUGUGUCUGGAUACGCACCCUGGUCAAGGAAUCCCUGCUUGAAAUUACUUUGUAUCAUCAACGUCGUGAAUCCGAUCCCAAUGAGUCUUCAAUAGGUCAAUCUAUACGUCAGCAUGCCUUACGUCACGCCGGCACUGUGUUGCGCACCCACUAUGGACCCAAUGAAGAGUUCGAGGUAUUAGAUGGUGAAGACCUUUUGCCCAAGAAUGCCUACACCACCAACGGUGCUCUAUCCAAGAUGUUGGCCAAAACAGUGGAUGGAAUUUCGAAAACUUUGGGCAUGGGAUCCAAUGAAAUUGCUGAUGUGGUGACCACCACUACUACCACCACCGCAAGACCGGCAUUUACCACCCCCAGUUAUCAAUGGCAAAGCACUACUGUGGCACGCAAGUUGAAGAAGUUUAUCACUAGUACCACGGCGGCGGCAACCAUGGGUACCUCCCCCACUACCACCUCAACGACGACCACCACCACCACCACGGCUUUGCCGAUCACCUCACCAUUGGCGACAACAACGACCACAGAAUUACCCUUUAACAGUUACCAGCAUUUGUAUACGACGACUGCCUCACCCGCUGCUGCAAUGGCCGCCGCCGCCGAUCACUUGGCCGCCUCCAAUGGAGGAGCGUCUGAAGCGGCUGCAACUGCUGCCUCAUCAUUUGAUAGCUCUCAUGUGGCCUCUAGUGUAGCCUCAUUUUUCUCUUCACUCAUCUCUAGCACCCCAUCACCCAUCACAACUACCACCACCAACAAUCCCAUCACUGUCUCCUCCUCCAUGACGGACAAAGCCACCGAGAAUUCAUUUGGCCUCAUUAACAAUCUCAUGGAAAAUAGUUUCCAAACCUUUUCCGGCAUCUCCCAUCCCGAAGCCGCUAGUAUUGUGACCUUUGAAAAUUAUGAAAAUCUGGACAACAUCUAUCCCGCCGCCCUAUCCUCCAAUGUGGGUACCUUAAACUCCACUGCCUGUGGUCGUGUGGACAUUAUGGGCACCAUUGUGUACGAUUCGGCUCCCUAUCUGUAUCCCUUCAUCAUAGAAUAUUCCCUCAUUGGCGCCGUUGUCCUCUAUGUGAUGUGGAAGCAUAUUGGACGUUAUCCUGGACGCAUGAACGACGACGACUUGGAACAUCGCCUAGAGGUUAUGCUCUCGCGGCGUGCUGUGGCCAUGGCCCAGCAGGCUCGUUCUGGUCGCGUGGACUGCGUUGGCUCUUCGAAAGGUUUAUUCUUUGGUCUAUUGUUGUUGGUGGGUGCUUUGAUAUGUUUGAUACUCUUCUUCGUCUUGGUGCGUCAUCAGCAGUUCUCGUUGCUGGCCAUCUAUUUGGCCGAUGCCAGUCAUUGUAUUUUAAUGGUAUUUGCCAUAUUGGCCAUAAUCAUAGGUUUUAUAAGAGUUAAGAAUCUGAAAUUCCGCUGCGAGGAACAAUCCAACUUGAAUGACAUUCUCUUGCGCAUCUCCGCUUUCGGCCUCUUCACCUAUUCCGUAUUCUCUGUGAUCUCGGGCAGCCUCAAAGUUUUGGAACACGAACCCAGCCUCUUGGUUACCACCACCAGCGCCGUUGCCGUUCUGCAGGUCAUCCUUCAGUUGUUGUUCAUUGCCGAUGUUUCCCGCCGUCGCGUCCAUUUGCCCGAACAUGAUCGCAGCAAACCCGGUCGUCAAAUUGUCACCUUCCUUUUGAUCUGCAAUGUGGCCAUGUUCGCCAUUUACACUUUCGAUGCUCAAAAAGUAUACGCCAAUCCCGUAAGUAGAUAUGUGCAAUUGGACUUUUAUGGCUUUGUGCCAUGGGCCAUCAUACAGCGUGUAACACUGCCACUGUGCAUUUUCCAUCGAUUCCAUAGCGCUGUAACACUAGCCGAGAUCUGGAAGACCACCUAUAAAGCGCGUUUGGAGUAAAUCAAUUAAACACCGAUCGAAACAUCACCGCCAACACCACCACAACAACAACAACAACAAAAUUACCACAACAACACAACAAAACAAAAACAUUCAAUUACAUUUAAGGAAAUUUUUUGGGAAAAAACCAAACCAAACCAACAACAAAAGCUAGUAAAGAAGAAGAAAAAACCGACUUUUUUGAAGGCAGAAAAAAAAAUAUUAUCAGAAAAUGUUAGUGAAUCGUAAAAACAAAACUCAAUAUUAAUGAAAA